AUGUCUGCCCAGAACACGUCCAUCUUCGUAAACAACAUCGCCUUCUCUGCCUCCACACAAAACCUUGGUGAUGCCUUCGCUGCUAUUGCUCCAGUCAAGAGCGCUCGCAUCAUCACAAUGCGCUACAGAGGCAAGAUCAUGUCUCGUGGAUUCGGUUUCGUCGAAUUCACAACAAGAGAAGGUCUCGAGAAGGCUCUCAAGGCUGCCCCAGUCAACAUCAACGGCCGUGCAGUCCGUGUUACAGAAGCUCGCCCACAAGUUCGCCGUGCCCGCGAUACAGCAUUCGCUUCUCUUCUCCCAGCCGGUAUCACAGAGGAUAACCUUAAGAGCUUCUUCGCCAACUACAAGCCAAUCAACUGCAAGAUUAUCACACCACGUGGUGAAGGCCGUCUUCCAUAUGCCUUCAUCCAGUUCGAGAAUGAAGAGUUGCAAUCCAAGGCUGUCAAGGAGAAUGGCAAGUUCUCUAUCAACGGAUCUAACAGUGUUCUUAGACUCUCACGCCGCCCAUUCAAUUUUCCAAUCCCAAAGCCAGGAAGAACAUUCCGCCGCCUUAAUCGUGCUCCAACAGCAUAG